AGGAAUACAGCCGAGCUGGACACGUGACAAUAAUACACUCGCGUUAAGAUAUAAUAUUUUGGGAGCAGAGUUCUUCUUUCUGUUGUCCAAAACCAAACAACAACCGAUUGACGCUUUUAUUUUGAAACCGGAAGUGAUUUGUUUAUCUGACUGGCGUGAAACCUGCAGCCAUGGAUACACGUGGAUAAUGGAGCCGAGCAAAACAGGACUUUAACAUCAACUUUAUAUCCAGCGAAGCCACAAAAACCAGGAUGAAGGGGACGGAGAAGCAGCAGCGGCGGGAGAUUGGCGUCUCGAAGAAGACGAGGAUGGCGAACAGCAGCGACGACGAAGACUCUGACGUGGAGAAGAACUUCGCUCUGCUCACUCAGAGAGGAGGAGGAGGGGCUGAGGAGGGAGGGCCGUGCCUCAGAGGAGAGGAAGAGGAAGAAUUCAGUGACGACGACGACGUGGAGGAGGAGGAGGAGGAUGAGGAGGAAGGGUCUGAUGAAGAAGAGGAAGUCGAGGAAGAAUCAGAUGGUGGUGAGGAGGAGGAGGCUGAGAGAGAUGAAGUAGGGGACGAUGACAGCGAUUCCUCUGAGGAUGAUGAUGAGGAUGAUGAUGAUGAUGAUGAUGAUGAUGAUGAUGAAGAAGAGCCAGAGGUUGCCGGUGGCAGCAGUGAGAUCCAGACAAGAGAAGACAUUAAAAAAGAGCUGUCCAGCAUGUCCUUUGAGGACAUCAUGCAGCUGCAGAACAAAGUGGGAACCAAAGUUUACAACGAGGUCGCCUACGGCAACAACAAGAGGCCGGAGACGAGCAAGAAGAAACGACUGAACAAGAACAGACCAAUGGAGAUCUCAGCCAAGAAACCAGCCCCGUUCCUCCGUCAGGUCGUCCCCGUCAGGAAACCGACGUUGAGGGAUCCUCGAUUCGACGACCUGUCGGGAGAAUACAAACCUGAGAUUUUUGAGAAGACGUACAAAUUUAUAAAUGACAUCAAACAUCAAGAGAAAGAGAUCGUCCAGAAGCAGCUGAAGAGGACGACGAAGAGCAACCAGAGGAAGGAGAAGCUGCAGUUCCUUCUGAAGAGGAUGGAGAACCAGGAGCGAGCGAGGAAGAGCCGAGAGCAGCAGCGAGAGAGAGAGCUGCAGUUCAAGAGGCAGCAGAGAGAGCUGGCCAAUCAGGGCGAACGACCCUUCUUCCUCAAGAAAUCUGAGAAGAAGAAGCUGCAGCUCGCUGAGAAAUACCAGGAGCUGAAGAAGAGCGGCAAACUGGAGAACUUCCUGAGCAAGAAGAGGAAGAGGAACGCCGGGAAGGACCGCAGGAAGCUGCCGCAGCAGAUGCAGAAGAAGGCGGCGUGAGGCGUUCAAUGACCCAGAAGACGAACCUGCUGAGUGCUGAGGAAUAAAGACUCUCCGUCCGUCAGUGAGCUGUAAUGACCCGCCUCCGCCUGCUGAUGGAGCUGCAGGUUGUUGUUCUUCAUGACAAGAUCAUCUAGACUCAAGGUUCACUUACUAAUGCUUUCUGGAGCUUUCAACCACAUCUACCCAAGUAAAUGUCGUGUGUUCAGCUGAAAGCUCAGGAAAAGCUCUUCAGUAAGCAGACCUUGAGUCGAGGCUUUUUUUUUUUUUUCAAGAAUGAACUUUCACACUUUAUUUUAUUUUUUUGUCAAAGUAAAUUUAUCGUCUCUGUGUGACGUUCAGGGACGCUCAGACAUGUGAGUGUUAAUGAUGAACCAGUGAAAUUCAUCAUUUACAGUUUGUCAGAAAAUCAAGAAACAAACAUGGACGAAAAAAAAGAUGGUGUGACUUUGGCUGCUGCUGUUUGCCAAUAAAUACCGGAGAGUCCUUAAAUGCACCAUCUGCAUGUGGUUUCUACAGACAUGAGCAGAAAGAGGAGGAAUCUAAAACACCGAGGGAGUUUGUGUUUGUUUUCCAGUGAAGACAUUAAACACAUUUCUGUCUGUUUGAAGUAGUUUCAUAUAAAAACUGUUUUCAAAAUAUCAAAUCCUUUGAAUAACCAGUGUGGUCACAGCUGUACAGAUGUUUUUGGAGCUAAUAUCACUUUAAACAUCUGCUUCUUUUCAAAACUGAUGAUUUAUACAGUUUGUAUUUUUAAAAUAAAACGUCAUUUGUG